UUAAAGUAACCUUUAUAGAAGUACGAAUCUUUCAUUUGAUAUUGAAACUGCCGUGUAGUUCAACCGGUUUUAAAGUUUCUGUCGGGAAUAUUGUAGAAGAGCGCGCGAAAUGUCAAGAUGGCGCAAACAGGAAGGAUGUGUCAUUUURUCACGAACUUACGCACACAGCCAAGCACUUAAGCACCACUUUAUCCCAGCCACAUCAAGUGGUUUUAUUCUACCCCUUUCUUAAAACGAUUCUCUCGAUGGCUUUUCAUUGAAAAUGGAAAUAUCCUCAUACGAGGUGAUAAAUCAUUAUUUGUAUUGCUCUUUUUUUUAAUCUUUAAGUUGACAUUCAGGAUCGUUAAGGCAAGAAAUGUCAUCGAAUAACAAAGAUAAAUCGUGAUUUUUACCCGGCAUUGGAGUGAACAAAAUUGUCGACGCUUCAAGAGCAAAAGGUAUUCACGGAACACAUUGCAUAUUCAGGUUUUAAAGAAAGAUAUUUUCAUCUUUUACAAGAGGAAUUGGUUUUGACUCAGUGGAAUAAGUCAAAACCUGAGCUAAGGAUUCCUUCGUACUGUUUGAGGAAAUGUGGCCRCUGAAUUUAAGGAAAUGAGAAUCAUCGUUCGCCGACCUCGACGUCAAGUUUAAUUCCGUCAUUGAACUUUACGAGAAAAUUGUCUUCAUUCACCAUAAAACCAGCCACACAUCAUGAUUGAUGUUAUAUGAUCGAAGAUAAUUUGUUAUGUAGUCAGACGAUACCAGUUUAGAGAACUGUUACUGCGAUACUGGCUGUGCCUCUUGGUUCGUUUUCCUAUGUCUACAGUUUCAUCGGAUUAACGAUUCUACGAACAAAAACCACCAAGUCAAUCGUCAAAAAAAAAAAACAAAAACAAAAAAACAGCGCUUCAUAUUUUUGUUCCAUUUGGUACAUUUUGUACAUUAACUCAUCACCUCUCCCAAAUAACCGGAAAUUUCUGGGGGRAAAAACAACAUCAGCUAGUCCUAACUUUUAAAAACGUUCAUCGUUUUCGAACCUGGAAGACGUAUGGUAUAAAGAAUAUCAGAGCAGCAAGAAUUAGAUACUGGAUUCGCAAUGGAUAACACUUGGCCUGAAAUUUUCAUCGCCGAAUCCGUUGCCAUAGUGACAGGGAACUUACUAACCAUCGUCGUGUUGUCAAACGCUUCUUCGCUUAAAAAACGAGGCAACUGGCUCAUUAUUAACUUGGCUGUAGCAGACCUUCUCAUUGGUGCAUUUUCUGAGCCGUUGUACAUAGCAACACUYAAGCGCUACCUCAAACAUAUUGCUAUUUAUACAUCGGUGGAUAUUUUUCUGGGGAUGGCAUCUGUACUUGGUCUAACUGCUUUAGCUUUGGAUCGCUUGUUUGCCGUUUCUCGUCCCUUCCAACACCGUACAACCAGUGACAAGACUUAUAURAUUGUUAUAGCACUCAUUUGGACGAUAGCCAGUGGUAUUUCAAUUGUAUCAUUUCUUGUAUCGAACCGUUUCCUGGUGUUCUUUUAUAUAGUACUUCCAUUGUUAACGAUUUCUCAACUUUUAAUGAUCAUGUCAUAUGUUUCCAUAUGGAUUAAAGUCAAGUCAAGAAGACCUCGUGGUCGUCGCCUUAGAAGGCGAGAAAAGGCUAAACUAAUCACGCACAGAGGGUCAGAAACGAAGUCUACAAGAGGCACUUCACAAAACCAAGAAGAGAGCGGAUCGGUUAGAUUUCAGGUGUCUGAAAAUGUAGAUUCUUCCCUUUUCUCUGAUUAUGAGACACGUUCUAUACGGGACUAUACUAGGUCAAGGAGUGACGAUACGGGAUCUGUACGGGAUCAAUUGCAGCUUAAUCAUAAUAAACCGGGUGCUAUACGGGAUCAUCUCGGGUCUACAAGUGAUAACAUGGGGUCUGUACGGGAUCAAUUGCAGCUUAAUCAUAAUAAACCGGGUGCUAUACGGCAUUAUCCCAAGUCUAGACUCAAAGAUACGGGAUCUGUAGGGCAUCCUUUGGAGCUGAAUCACAAUAAACCGGGUUCUAUGCGGGAUCAUCUCGGGUCUACGAGUGACGAUACGGGAUCUGUUCACAAUCUUCAAAAUGGCGCCUUUGAAAGUGGAUUUGCGAAUAAAAUGGAUGACCUGGAGAGGACACCCAAGUGCAUUUGGAAACUCUUCAAUCGAAAAUCUAUGACGUCAACUACGAAUUCCAUCAAUUUUGAACAGGACAAAAACGAGGAUGAAGACAUUAAAACCGAAAAUCCGAAAUUAAGUAUCUCAAACCAAUGCCAAAGAGACUCUUUAAGCAGUGAUUCAACCAGAGUUUUAAACUGCUGCACUAGCAUGAUAAAAGAAUGUAAGAAAAUCAAACGACCAAGUUCACGGAAACAAAACAUUCCAAGGUUACAAAGAGAUUCUCCUCGUGUUGAACCUUYUGACCGGGAAAACAAGCUUGCUAUGACACUCUUCAUAGCAACGGCCAUUUCUCUCCUUGCUUGGCUUCCAUUUGAAGUCAUGAAUAUUAUCUUGUCUUUCUGUCUGUCUUGUCGUGUCCAAUUCUACAACAUCCAUGUACUUUAUUUUACUAAAUUUCUUCAUUAUGCGAAUUCUUUCGUGAAUCCGAUUAUUUAUACAUUUAGGAUUCAGGAGUUUAGGCAUGCAAUAAAUAAGAUAUUGACUUUCCCGUUAAGGCGCAGAGGAGGAGGUGAUAGGAGUACGUCUUUUGAACUGAGUGCGCAAUCUUCUUGUAGAAAUAAAACAUGUGAAACAAGACAUUAAAGCCGUGCAAUAAAUAAGAUAUUGACUUUCCCGUUAAGGCGCAGAGGAGGAGGUGAUAGAAAGACGUCUUUUGAACUGAGUGCGCAAUCUUCUUGUAGAAAUAAAACAUGUGAAACAGGACAUAGUUAAAGCCGUGCAAUAAAUAAGACAUUGACUUUCCCGUUAAGGCACAAAGGAAGUGGUGUUACAAGGAAGUCUUUUGAACUGAGUGCGCAUUCUUCUUGGAAGAAUAAAACAUGUGAAACAAGACAUAGUUAAAGCCGUGCAAUAAAUAAGACAUUGACUUUCCCGUUAAGGCACAAAGGAAGUGGUGUUACAAGGAMGUCUUUUGAACUGAGUGCGCAUUCUUCUUGGAAGAAUAAAACAUGUGAAACAAGACAUAGUUAAAGCCGUGCAAUAAAUAAGACAUUGACUUUCCCGUUAAGGCACAAAGGAAGUGGUGUUACAAGGAAGUCUUUUGAACUGAGUGCGCAAUCUUCUUGUAGAAAUAAAACAUGUGAAAUAAGACAUAGUUAAAGCCGUGCAAUAAAUAAGAUAUUGACUUUCCCGUUAAGGCACAAAGGAAGCGGUUAUAGAAGGACGUUUUUGAACUGAGCGCGCAUUCUUCUUGGAAGAAUAAAACAUGUGAAAUAAGACAUAGUUAAAGCCGUAUAAUACUGAUAAGUUAGAGAAAUAAAGUAUGACAAAACUACACAGAAUUAAAUGGAGUUAUUCAAA